AUGACUGCUCUCCGGAACCCGAAAGGAACAACCAUUGCAUCGAGAAGGGGAAUGGAGAAAAUCAUCUACGACUUCUACUCCGAUCUCUUCGACAGCCAUGUCCACUUGCCUCCUCACCAUCUGAGGGAAGACGGAUAUGUCACUCCAGAGCUUCUCCCGUCCGAAAUACGACAUGCCAUCAUGUCGGUAAAAAGUCGAACGGCACCCGGUCCCGACAGAAUAAGACCAGAACAACUGAAGGACCUUCCGCCAGUACUCAUCAACACCCUGGCGAGGCUCUUUACACGUUACCUGUCGGAAUGCAAGGUUCCUAAACAGUACCGAAGACCGGCAAGACCGUUCACCCUCGAGAACGCAAUGCGAAAGAUGGAAUGGGACGACAUGGGAGUGAAGGUUGAUGGUCGGCAACUACACCAUUUGCGCCAUGCGCUGAUAACACCUAACAUCAGCCAAAAGGAACGACUGCUGACCAAAUUCGACGAAACAUGUGGAUGCAUCGGUCUUCAGCUGAAUCUACAAUAG